UCCUAACUCGACAAGUCAUCUGCGCUGUCCCGCUGCGACGGUUCCGCUCUCCUCCUCCUGCAGCCUCGCCCAACUGCGGCCGCAUCUCCAGCGCCCCAGGGUCGCCCCUAGCUCCUCUUCUCGGCUGGCCCUGUGGCGCCGCCGCCGCUCGCCUAGGCGCAAACCAGCCACGCCGCAACUUUGAGCCGCCGGCCGGGAAGUGAUCGGUUUGCUGAAUCCAUCGCCGAGGCAGAGCACGCGCGCGAUUCGACACACCUGAAUCCAUAUUUCCCUCUUGAAGUUGGAUCUAUCCCCGUCGGCUCGAUGGCCACAGACAAGAGGAUCGUGCUGAGCGUGGACCUGCCCGAUGACAGGCAGAAGAAGAAGGCGCUCAAAGCACUCUCCACCUUCUCUGGUAUCGACUCCAUCGCCAUGGACACCAGGACGCACAAGAUGACGGUCAUCGGCUGCGUCGACCCCGUCGACGUCGUGUGCAGGCUGCGAAAGCUCCGGUUCGCGGUGCACAUCGUCACCGUCCUUCCGUCCGAGAAGAAGAAAGAGGAGAAGAAAGAACGUGGUGACAAGAAAGAUGGUGACAAGAAAGAUGAUUGGGGGCAGCACUACUACUACUACUACGGUCCGUGUACGGUUCCUCCAGUGGAGUUUACACUCGAGUUCUUAAACCGUAUCACAAAUAAUUUUUCUGAAGAGCGCAUAAUUGAUCGUGGUAGGCAUGGAGCAAUUUACAAGGGAGUACGGGACAACGGGGAAUGCCUUGCGGUGAAGAAGCUUAAUCUGAAACCAGGGCUCGAAGAAGAAGAAUUUAAAAACGAGUUUAAUAAGCUUAUGGGGAUCCAACACCGGAACGUCACCCGGUUAGUUGGUUACUGCCGUCAUAUAGAGCAAGUGCCUGUUGAGCACAACGGAGAAUAUGUUUCUGCUAGAGUGGAAGAAAGAGCUCUAUGCUUCGAAUACUUGGAGGGACGAAGCCUUGACAAGCAUCUUUCUAAUGAACCAUGUGGACUCCCUUGGUACAUAUGUUACAGAAUAAUUAGGGGAAUUUGCGAGGGUUUACAUUACCUUCACAAGGGACUCGAGCAUCCUAUUUACCAUCUGGACUUAAAACCAACGAACAUUUUUCUGGAUCGGGACAUGAUGCCUCAAAUUGGCGGUUUUGGUUUAUCACUCUUUGAUUCACUAGAAACCAACAACACAUCAGAAGACAUGGAAACGAGUGUAUACAUGCCACCAGAAUACAUCAAUAAACAGCAAAUCUCACUGAAGUUCGACGUAUUCAGUUUGGGUGUUAUAAUCAUACAAAUAAUGGCAGGAAACCAGAGUUUCUCCAAAUGUGCAGAUACUCCACCCGAAGAAUUUAUUCAGCACGUACAUCAAUUAUGGGCAAAAGGGACGCCAGAAACAAGUUGGAGACAUACUUCUCGUGAAGUUAGAACAUGCAUCGAAAUAGCAUUAAAAUGUGUGAAGUCUGAUCUAGUGAUGAGGCCCACUGUGACCGAGAUUCUAGAUAAAUUGAAUAAGAUCUAUAUUGCUGAUUGCUCUUCUAUAGAUCAGCUUUACAGGACAAGGGAGUUUACACUUGAGUUUUUAGAACGUAUUACAAAUAAGUUUUCUAUGCAGAGCAUCGUUGGCCGUGGUGCGUACGGAGUUAUUUACAAGGGAGUACUGGACAAUGGAGAAGAGAUUGCUGUCAAGAAGCUUCACCAAAUGUUGUGGAUUGACAAUGAGCAAUUUAAGAAUGAGCUUAAUAAUCUUAUGAGGGUCCAACACAAAAAUAUCGUCCGGUUAGUUGGCUACUGCCACAAUAUAGCACAAAUACUUGUUGAGUACAAAGGAGAACUUGUUUCUGCUAGGGUGGAGGACAGAGCUCUUUGCUUGGAAUACUUGCAGGGAGGAAGCCUUGACAAGCAUAUUUCCGAUGAGGUUUGCAGACUUGACUGGGACACGUGUUACAAAAUAAUCAAAGGAAUUUGUGAGGGUUUAGAUUACCUUCAUAAUGGAUCGGAAGGUCCCAUUUAUCAUCUCGACUUGAAACCUGCAAAUAUAUUGUUGGAUAAAGACAUGAUGCCAAAAAUUGGUGAUUUUGGUUUGUCAAGACUCUUUGAUUCGAUACAAACCUAUAUGACACAAUCCCAAGAUGUUAUCGGAACACGUGGAUACAUGCCACCAGAAUACAUCAACAAAGGGAAAAUCAGUCAGAAGUUUGACGUUUUCAGUCUGGGUGUCAUAAUCAUACAAAUGAUGGCAGGAAUGGAGGCCUACUUCGAUUGUGCAGACACACCUCCCGAAGAAUUUAUUAAGCUUGUACGUGGAACCUGGCGAAAGAGGCUGCUGCAGUCAUCAACGGUGUCGUACCAUGCAUCUCAAGAAGUGAGGACAUGCAUCGAAAUAGCGUUAAGAUGUGUGGAGGCCGACCGAGGGCAAAGGCCUACUAUAACCGAGAUUGUUAAUGAACUGAGUAACAUUGGUACUGCUAAAAGUUCGCCAGUGGAUCAGUGGCCUCCAAAGAAGUUGACGGCGCGGAGGACUUCGUUAUUGUUCACUCACUUCAAAUAUUGGUUACCCCUCUUAAUUGCCCUGGCUGCCAUAUUUUUGGCAUGGCCUCAACUGUGUCCAGAGUCAUGGUCCCGACAAACUUGACGUGCGUCCAGGGAUGCGCUUGUCAUCUACGGACUCAGUGUCUUCUUGAUCUGAGUGUAGUUGUAGGUUUGUUUGUACAUGUAUAGUAUGAGUGAGGUGUGCCUAUGUAAAGUGGGUGUGUGCGUGCAUGUAUGUACUACAGCUGUACCCAGAUGAGAGGUUAAAAAAAAGAAAACUCUAGCUAUAUGAAGGUGACCGGAUAAAACUCGAAGCGUGACACUGUUCCACAUGAUUCGACGACACGGCAAUAAUCUAUGGGUGCGAUUGAAUGUCUUUGUUAGGCAUGGUUGCACUUGCAGAUUUGUAUCCCAACUUCACCUGCUGA